AUGGAAGAGAAGUGUUAUGAAAUUAAAAAUUUAAGAAAAUUUUGUAAAAACAUUUUUAUUUAUCAACGUUUUGAUGAAAACAACGAAGAAGUUUUUAGUUACGAAAACAUUUUAAAAGCUGUGGACGAAGUAUUAGAAUACUUUCAUCAGCACGCCAUAGAAAAGAAGGUCGGUAUUGGGAUACAUAUGCCCGAAAAUUCUGUAGAGGGAUGCGUGUUACUACUAAGCAUACUUAACAAUGAUUGUCGAUUCUAUGGAUUUAACGACGAAAGUGACAGCUCUCUGAAUCGUAGUGUAAAAUCAAGCGAAAUUGCAUACGUGUUCCUCAAAAAGCCUGUGGAGUUUGAGGAAAUUUAUCAGUGUUAUUUACCUAAAUUGAAUGUUUUGAACUCGAGCUAUUUCGUCAUAAAAUUAAAAACAUCAACGUUAAGCCUCAAAAAUUUACCAUUAUGUUACAGUAUAGCUACUUCGGGCAGCACAGGUGAAUCAAAACUUGUUCAUGUUCCCUACAAAUGUAUACAACCAAACAUUGCAAGCUUGAGCUCUUUAUUAAAAAUUGAGACAAGUGAUGUUAUAUUUCUUGGUUCACCGAUUACGUUUGAUCCAUUUGUGAUUGAGUUGUUUUUGGCUUUAGCAAAUGGUGCUGCUCUACUCAUUACUUCAACCAAGACGCGUUUGUCCCCAAAUCACUUACAUCAUGUAUUGUUUCCUUCCCUUCCUUUUGGAUUAAAAGGAGUCUCCAUAUUUCAAACAACACCCAGUCUAUUUCGAUUGUUUGGUAAGGAAAUAAUACGAAAUGUAAUUUUUGAUAAAACGAAUACUUUAAGAUGUCUGAUUUUAGGCGGCGAGGAGUUUCCAUCUUACGCGGAACUUUUGGACUGGCUACCCCAAACCACUAAUCAACUGUUUAACAAACGUGUUUUUAAUAUAUAUGGCAUAACCGAAGUAUCGUGUUGGAGCACCAUCUGCGAAGUAAACUUUCAUAGUUCUUCCUCGACUGAAUGCAGCAUUCCUCUCGGUGAUGCUUUGGAUAAUGAAACUGUUUUACGAAUAGUUGAUGAAAAAGGAAAAGUUUUGGCAGAUGAUGCCGCUGUCGGUGAAUUGCAAAUUUGUAGUACUACUAGACGUUGUUAUGUCCCACAGUGUGAUCAGCACCCAAUUCCAAUUCGUCAAGAGGAUUCGAUUACAUUUCGUAAUACAGGCGACCUUGUAAAACGCGCUAGUGAUGGCAACGUCUAUUAUUUAGGAAGGCUUGAUAACACUGUUAAACGUUUGGGAAAACGUUUAUGUUUGGAUUCCUUAUCACAAAAGAUUGAAAACAUUUUCCGCAAAGGAAAUAUUACAAAUAGGGUUUUGUGUCUUUGGAAUGAAGAAGUUAAAAAACUCAUCUUAUGCCUAGAAAUUGGUCAAACUGAAUCUAUUGUGAAAGGUCCUCUAUUGCAAGAAUUGCUACGAGAUAGUUUGGAUACUUUUGAGCAACCUGAUAAAAUUUAUAAUCUCCAAAAAGUGCCUCUAACAGCUCAUGGUAAAGUAAAUCGCUUUCAGUUAAUAAAAAUCGUUAAGGCUUGGGAAGAGAAAGAGCACAAAACUCCGUUACAAAUUUUUAAAGAAUUCUUACAAAAUAUUAUGGGUAUUAAUGAGGAAAUGCUAACUAAUAAUAUACAAGACAUCGGAGAAUAUACAACAAAGCGUUCUAAAUUGACAACAAAUUUAAGUUUUAGCCAUGCUGGAGGUACGUCAUUUCAAGCCCUAAGUUUGGCUACGGAAAUUGAUAGUAUUUUACCGCAGUCUGUUGAUCAACGUAAUCUAUUAGAAAUGUUAUUGAAUACCAAUGUGACAAUAAACGAUAUCAUGAAAUUCUUAAGUAACUUAGCUGAAAGACGAAUUGAAGUGCCAGCGACAUUACCAUUCACUCGAAACUUAUUUAAACUUGUCUGGUCAGUAAAUUUGCAUAAAUGCGUAGAUGCUAGUCCAUCAUUGUAUGAAGAAAAUGUUGUUGCAGUUGGCUCGCAUUCUCAUCUAUUAAUGGUAUUAAAUGCUAACAAUGGCGAGGAAAUUUCCAAAUUAACACUUAUGGAUAGAAUCGAAAGUUCUGUGCUGUUUGUAACGAAUCAAUUGGCUAUGGUUGGCGCUCAUGAUGGUUUCUUAUAUGCCUUCGAUUUCCAACAAGGCAGUAUCAAAUGGCGUACAAAUGUUGGCGGCACUAUUAAAGCGAAACCUUUACAAAUAUCCGAUAUACUAGUGGUGGCUAGUUAUGCUGAAGAUUUUAAUCUUUUGGCAGUUUCUUUAAAGGAUGUUACGACAAAAUGGCGUUUAAAAAUUGGUUCUAAAGGCAUUUUCUCUUCUCCGUUGAAAGUUGAUGAAAAGUUGUGCUUAAUUUGCACUUUAGACGGCACUUAUUGUUUACUACGAAGUGAUGAUGGUUCCUUGGUUUGGUCCCAUCAAAUGAAAUCUCCUAUAUUUUCAACUCCUGCUUUAGUAAAAUCUUCAACGCAAUCUUGGAUAGCAAUAGCAGAAGUGCGCGGCGAAAUUUCAAUAUGUGAGGCGAAAAGUGGGCAAACUAUAUCUACCUUUACAGCGGAUGGAAACAUAUUUUCAAGUUUUGCUGUUCAUAAUCAAGACCUUAAGCACACUUAUCUAAUAUUCGGAUGCUACGACAAAAACGUUUACUGUUUAAAUUUCACAUCAACAAGUUGCAAAUUGUCAUUGACAUGGAAAAUUUCUUUAGAUGCUCCGAUAUAUUCUACACCAAUAUUGCUAUACCGGACUCAAGACAACGAACCCGACGUUUUGAUAUGCGCUACAAACGGUUUAAUGAUUUUGGCAAAUCUCAAAACCGCUCUCCAGCAUUCCUCCUAUAAUUUAGAAGCAGAAAUCUUCUCCACCCCCUGCAGUGCCUCUAAUGGUAAACGAAUAUUUGUAGGUAGUCGCAAUAAUUACUUGCAAGCAUUUCAAAUUGAAUAAUCAAUGUAAAAACAUUUUGGUUUCUUAAAGUAAAGCAUGCAAAGUGAAUGAACAACGGUCUUUUUACUGUGAUGAAUUACGAUUUACGUU